AGGCAAUUAACCUUGACCUUUAUGUUUAAUUUGCAAAUGGCCGACAUUUUGAAGAAGACCAUACAUAGUUUGUUUCCAAAAUCAACAAAAUGUACUAGGCCAGGUACAACUUUAAAUGAGGAGAGAAAUUGUAACUUGUGAAGAAAAAAUAAAACAAUGUCCAAUAAUAAUAAUACUCAAGGUGGGACUAGACUGUCACAGAUGGAGUAUGGCAGCAUGGAAAAUGUGCCUGGUACCUCACCUCACAUCUAUCAGUACAACCAGCAAUCUCUGCUGAGAACCAGCCUUGCAGGAAGUAGCAAUCCACCACAAUCUUCAAUUGUCAGAAUUCCAAAUAAAAGUGGUACACCACAAAGUAGUUCGCUGUCAAAGUCACCAGGUUUGACCCUUUUACCAAGAGAGCUUAUCAAUAUAAAAGGUGGAGAAACUGGGAACCAGUAUAUUAGUUUACCACUUAGACUUGAAAAUAUUGCUGGUAGUGUUCAGCUAGUACCUGAUAAAAGUAAAAUACCUGGUGACCGGCGAUCCCUAAUACCCGUCAUAGUUUCUGGCAAUGAAAUUUAUCAAAUUCAAGGAGAAGGGAACCAGAAAAAUCUUGUGCUGUUUACAAAUUCACAAGCGGGACAUACCUUACCUUUGACAGGAAGUCAAAAUGUAAAUUUAGGCAGCUUACUUUCAACCUCAAAAGCAGAAGGUUUACAAAUGCAGGUUCCUAAAUCACAGACUGGUUUUCAAGAAAUCCAGAAUGUAACCAGUAAUCUGAACUCUGGAAACAGUACCAGUCAAAUUAUGACUGGUUCUGUGUUUUCAUUUUCAAAAGAGAAAAGUUCAAGGUCAGUUGCGAGUCCAGUCUAUAAAUCUAAACUAGAAAAGGCUAUGGCGCAAAACUUGUUAAUGCAAAGUUCCGCAAAAAGUUCUGGCAACAAGACACCCACAAUGCAGUCUGUUGCACAAAAAUCUAUACCAGAUGUACUACAGUCCUCAGUAUCCGAGAAAACCAAUUUAAGUGCCAGUAAAGUCAGUCUUUCAGCUAGGGGACCAAUACCCCAGGAACCUGUGCCACAAUAUGUUAUUACCGAAGACAAUUUAACGCUCAAAUCAACACAGAAAGUCUCCAAAGUUGCGGAAUAUUACAAAAAUUUUGUGGCGGGAAAAGGGAACCAGCAGCAAGACAGACCCGUGUACUAUCAAGAGUCUCCGUUAAAAGCAAGACUGGUUCCCCAGUAUUCCAUUGUUCAGGAUGAUUUCCACACCAACCCAAAAAUAAUGGACACAUUCAACAUGGUCGACGGGAAUGCUGUAGGUCACAUGGACGUAGAAGCUGUAAAUAAUCAGGAACUUUGUCACAUGACCGUACCAAUGGAACUCCAAGACACAGCAAUUAGGGAAAAGACAUAUGAAGAUUUUUAUAUGGCGAAGAGUAUACUGGAAAAGUUAUGGAAAUUGAGGCAAGAUGGGAUGUUCUGUGAUGCCGUGCUCUAUGCUGGAUCUGAUGAAAUCAGGCUGCACAAAGUGGUUCUGAUUGGUGUAAGCCCUGCGAUUCAGGAACAAGUCACAAAAACGUCGGGAAACGAGCUUCAACUUGUGUUGCCUAGCGACAUGCUGCUAGAAAAUGUCAUGACCCUUCUCUACUAUAUUUACAACGGGCUGAUAAAACUUACUCUCAGUAAUGUUCAGCAGAUAUACAGAUUGUCGGGUAUUUUUGGACUGACACAACUCAGUAAACAUUGCUAUGAUUUUUGUAAGGUAGCUAAGAUGGGACAUCUCAUUAUUGGCAGUCCAUAUCAGGAAGCGGCAAAACAAAUACAAAAGGAAGUAGUAACCACAGAAGCAUUGCCAGUCACUGCACCAGUGGAGAGAUCUGUAGUGCAUACCACAGUCACAACAUCCACCUUACUCUCUUCACCAAAGUUGUCAACAAGAACCAAGACUCCUGUAAAGAAUGAAAAUCAGGACAACUUCGAAACAAUCAGCUCUGAAAUAGACUGGAUGACAAUGGACCCAUCUCAGAGCAAUAUCCCAAUAAGAAAAAGGGGUAGAAAUCGUAAAACUACACAAAACAAUCAAAUGAAACCCACGGAAAAUGAUCAUGCAAUGAACAGAACUGAUCAGGAGAUAGUAGAAAAUGUCCAAGCAGUCAAUACUGACAAUAGUGUAUCUGAAACUCUAGAGACUGGUAUAGACAAUAGGAAUGCUCAUCCUAAAAAGAAUGAAGUGAGCCGGUUUGAACUCAGUCAGGCUAUUGCUGAAUAUGAACUGUACAUUGCCAAUGAAAAUAGUGCAAAGGAUAUUGAGGAGAGAAAUGUUAACACUAGUUUAGAUACAGAAGCGAAUGUAAAACAAACAGAACUGAUUGAAGACAUCGUAGACCAUCUUGAGGCUUUACCAGAUCCUCUGGUGUCUGGUAAACUUGAUGAAAAUGAAUUGUUGAAGUUAAAAGAGACAGAAGAGAAGGCAGACAAGUAUGGUGUGGAAAGAGGAAUAGAUAUAACACAGACCCCACAUAAACCUGAGACUAGAAGGUUUCGUACAAGGGCAAAUAUGAGUGUGGUGGAGGCUGCCUCACAAAUGAAGGCCAAGUCAAAUGCAAUGACCACAAUAUCUACUGCAAAGAAUAGGAGAAAGAAAGGACAAAAAAGAUCUCCAACAGUUCUUAAUACUGAUAAAAAGAUCGUGUAA